GCGGAGUGUUUACAAACAAAGAACAUUGUGAGAGUGAACAUGUGAUAAGGGAGUGAGCUUCUGUGACGUCAACAGUGUGCAAACGAGGAAAAGUUUUAUCUUAGUGAGUUGUGAUUAAAUCGGUUCAAGAUGGUUACGCCUAAAUAAAAGAUUACAAUGACGCGGUGUGGUGAUAAGAUUGUUACACGCUGUAUAUGAACUUGGCAGUAGAACAAGUUCAGCACAGCUUAUUGCAGUGAACAGUACAAGGAGUACAUCAUGGCUAUUGAAAAUUCUCCUGUUAUGCCAGGACUUAUUUUAGUUUUCAUGCUUGUGGCUUGGGGACUAGUUUCUCCAUCCUUAGGUGACGACAAAAGGAUCAUAGGAGGAUACCAGACCACUGUCGAAGAUCGCCCGUUCCAACUGGCUCUAGAAGGGGCACCCAAUGGCAAGCAUACAUGCGGGGCAUCGGUGCUGGCUACCCGCUGGGCACUGACAGCCGCUCAUUGUGUCUAUAACAAGCCUCUGAAAUCGCUCCGGUUCCGGGCAGGGACGACGGUACGAGGGGAUGGUGGAACCCUUCACCCCAUCAGGUUCUACAUCUACCACGACCUGUACCGCACGGACACCUUGGACUACGACCUGGCUCUUGUCAACGUCAAAGUUCCCUUCCGCUUCGGGCCAAAGAUCAAGCCUAUAUCGCUUCCUAGGAGUCCACCAGUGGAGCAUGAGCUGGCGAUCGUUUCGGGUUGGGGAUACCUUGAGAAGGAACAACUGAGGAAGCCGAAGAACCUAGUGGCAGCUGAAGUCUACAUUAGGUCUUGGGACGACUGCAAGAAGUUGUACCCUCAGCUGACUCGACGCAUGCUUUGCGCCGGUGAAGACGACAUUGGCUUUUGCAGCGGUGACUCCGGUGGACCCCUCACCAGGCCCAACAUGGAGUUGGUUGGAAUCGUCUCCUGGCUGUACAACUGUGGCGAUGACCUUCCAGGGGUCUACACCAACGUCUCCUCCAUGCUGCCAUGGAUCACAUCCUCCUUGGCGAAGUACGGGGUGUACAUGGACAUGACAACCAAACCUACGGUGGACCUCAACACGGACUCAUACAUCAUCUUCCCUAGCAAUUAACCAAAGGGGCUUUAUUUAGAAUUUAAGCUACAGGGUUGAGAUCUGUGUAAGGGUUGUGUGUAUAAAUUUACACAAUAUUUUACGUAUGGAUUGCCCAUAUGGAAUAAUGUGCAACUAGAUUGUCCAGAUUAUAAUUGGUUAGUAAAGUUUUCUGGAUUUCGUGACGGAAGGAUUGUUACAGAGUGUUGCACGAUCGUCUCAGAGGAAUUGAAAUUUUUAAGGAUCUUGUAAAUAAUUUUACUAUCAAAAGGUUAAUUCUUUACAUGGUUACUUUUUUGAUUAGUCUCCUUGAACCCCUCAAAUAAUGUUUAAUUUUUUACUUUAUUUGGUAUCCAUCCUUCUUAUUUAAAAUGGCAAGUAAAACUAUUGAUGGGAGUUUGUUGACUCCUCGGGUACAUUUUGUUGGAUUGCAUCAUUAAUUGGCAGCCCAAUAAUCAAGGUCAGAACCGGUACCUUAAAAUUAGAAGGUGGGCAUUAAUUUUUUAAGGCAGUAAAAUAAUGUGUUAUAAGAAUAUUAGCUGGCCCGACACCCCGACAGACGUCGUCCUGUCCUAAUGUGGUUUUAUGUCAAAUGCUCGUUCAUUUUCAAGAUGAGCUCGUUCGCAUCGCGCGUUCACGUCCUGGUUGAAGUUCGUUUAAUACGCUCACGCACUGGAGCUCGUUUGCUGCGCUCAC